UUCUAAUUCGGAAAACAUUCCUCGCGCUUGUUGGCGCUUUCCCUCGUCUGUGUCACUCCCCCUCCCUCUCCUUCUCUCUUUGAACCACUCUGCACUGAGAUUUCGAGGGCUCCUGCUUGUUGGCAUGGUCUAAAGGAUCGAAAGAGAACAGUGCUAGCACCUGUUUUUUAAGUUGAUCAAUAUGCAACAAAUUUGGUGAACCAGUGCCUCAAGAGAUUAAUUUUACUGGCUGGCGAGACAUCAAUCUUCAGAGAAGUAAAAUGGAAAAACCUUCUAAGAGUUUUGUUAGUCACGAGAAUUACAUCGGGGAGCAAUGUUUGGAUGAUGUAGAUACAUUCAGUUAUUAUUCUGUUAAUGUAUGGAGAUCAGCGAGCAUAUUUUCUACCACACCUCGCCUUGAUGAUUCUGAAGGUGCUUGUAAGAAGAAGAAGAAGAAGAAGAAAAAGAAGGGGAAGUUAAAUAAGCUUCAUUCUCAGAUCAUUUCUUCUUCUGGAUCUGAUAUGUCUUGUGUAAAGGAGACCUUCAUGGGUGCAGAAUCUAUUAAUCCAGAAAAAGGCGAGCAAUCCAAAAUAGGAUUGUCUAAUCCAAAGGAUGGCGAUAAUUUAUCCACAAUGCUCUUUUGUAACUCUUUUCCUGUCCAAGUUGAAACCAAACACAACUAUUCAUGUUCACACUUAACACUCAACCAAACUGGAGAAAAUGACCCAAAAAGUAGAGGCAUUGAGUGCUCCCCUAUCAUAGUUCCCAUGCAGAAUUGCAGAAGACUCAAUGAAUCCAGUAACACAAAGGCUACACAGAACCAGGACAGCGACACCGAAGUCAGAACAGUUUCUACUGCUAGUUUAUCUUUUGCAAGCUUAGCACCAAUUGGGUCAUACUCAGAAGAUACAAAAGGCUCUGAAAAAAUAUUGGCUGACGAAUAUCAAAUAGUUCAUGGAAAAAGCAACUGCAGAAAAACCAAGUAUUACAGAACUUCGGAAAACAAGAAUAAUUUAGUUAGAGAAUGUGAGGGUUCAAAUGAUAGAGAUAGAAAAGUAGGUUCCAUGAUGUCUCGCUUCGCAGCCUCUAUGAAAUCCCACAACAUGGUAUUAGAAAUAAAUCACAGAGAAGAAGAGGAUUAUAAAUAUAACAGAAACAAAAAAACUAAUUCUAAGGAAGAGUUCUUAAUGCCCAGCGAUAUCCCUGCUAUUGAACUGAAGCAAUAUGAUCCUAUGGAAGGGUAUUUUCAAAGUUUUUCUGGAAAAUCACAGAUGCUUCGCAGUAUUAACAACCAAAGGCAGCAGGAUAUGGAAAAUACUCCACUUUUCAGGCAGAGGUUAACGAGGAAUAUUGGAUACUUGCAGUCUGAGGGUGUUAGAGCCUUUGAUGACUCUCACCUGAUGGUAAAUGAUGUAUCACUCACUGUAACUUCUCCAUUAAAGUUACAUUGCUACAAGGGAGAUGGAUUGUUGCCUUCUCCACAAUAUCAUUGUACUUAUAAUCAUCGUUAUGUAUCAUCCAGAGUACCUCAACAAUUAGCUGAACUAAAAUCCAGUGAUCAAUACAUUCGGCUGGAAUCAAGAUUAAGGGCAGCUGAUAACUUGAAAGCAGUAAUUUGGCAGAAAUCAGAAGAUAAACUCCAGCGGCAUCUUAGAAGUGGCAUAAACCACGACAAAAGGAGAUUAAAGGGAGGUGAAGGCCAUUUACGUGAACUCGAUUAUAGGCCAAGUCUUUUUACCGCUGUAAGUUCAAAAAUUUUGAUGGAUAGAUAUCUUCAGAGUUUCCAUUUGCAGAAAUAUGAUAGCCAUGGUACUCGUGAACCUCAUCUUUUGGAAGAUACGGCGUGCACAUCACAAUGUAAUGGACCCUAUUUAGCUCUUUCACCGUGGCAGCUGCCCUUGCAUGAGAUCCAUGCACAUUAUGGGACAGAGAAACGUUCAACAAUGCAAGAUACAGAGGCAGAAGCUUUUUUUGCCUUUCACAAUGAUCACAUAGCAUCUUAUUCAUGCUCUAAACCUGAACUUCUUUUUAACAGCAACGUCAAAGCUUGCAUUAAUUCACUAGGAAAUUCUCUUAAAUCAAGUUACAUAUCUUUCUCGCCUGAAAAUAAAGAAGAGGGCAAUGCUAAUUUUAUCAGAAAAGAAGAGUAUCACACAAAGACUUGCAGUGCCAAUUCUUGUGGAGAAAAUUUGGGUGACUUUUGCACAAAUGUAAUUAGCUUUGAAAACGGUGAACAGCAUAAGGGUGGUUGUAUCACGAAGGGUUACAGAGUGAAGAAAUCAUCCAUGCAUGUUGGUUCAACAUGGGCAGAACAAAUUCUUUUUGCUGCUUACAAAUUACAAAGAGGUGCUGGUUAUGUUCAGCUAGUCACAGGCAACCCCAUUGCUACUUUCGAGAAAUUUCUUACUUCGGCCGCUCCAGUAAUUGCUCCUUCAUUCUCGAGCAAAGAGGUGGAAGAUUUCUUUUUUACAAUUCAGGAUCCUAGUGUUGCAUUACACUGUAUUUGGAGUUGGUAUGAAAAACCUGGAUGUUACGGAUUAGAAAUAAAGUUAGGAGAUUCUCAGAACUUGGGAAGUUUGAAGAGCCUGGAUGAACCUCUUCUUGCUUAUUUUGUUCCUUCUCUUUCUGCCAUCCAGCUGUUCAGCUACUCCCAAUGUUCCAGAAACCGGGAAACUAUUGAGACUGUUCAUCAGAAGGAAGAAAAUGGGAAAUGUUCAUUACUGUGCUCAUUCCUGAAUCAUUUGUGCCCAGGAUCAUUAAAAGACACAAAAGAAGACCAUGUUCUUAACCCCAUAGAAAAGCAUACUGGAGUUCCUCUUCACUCAAUUGAUAAUGUUGGCUCCUUAAGUUGUUCUAACGAGAACCAGAAUUACAGCUGCAUUUCGUCCACCAGUAGUGAAUCAAAAUUGAUCUUUGAAUUCUUUGAAAAUGAUCUUCCGCAUGAACGCUUGCCUUUAUAUGCCAAGGUAAAGAAGCUCAUAAAGGAUGGUGCUUCCAACCUGCAUAUUUCUGGCAAUCCGUCCAGCUUAGAAUGCAUGAAAUUGCAGGAUCUUCAUCCCUCUUCAUGGUAUUCUGUCGCUUGGUAUCCCAUCUACAAAAUUCCAGAUGGUCCACUCCGCAUCACAUUCUUGACCUAUCACUCCCUGGGGCAUUUUACCUUGAAUCAUUCCUGGUCGAGUUCUUCCAAGCAACAUGUGGUUUGUCCAGUGCUGGGAAUGCUUAGCUAUAAUGUGAAGAAUGAUGGCUGGUUUAUCCUGAAUGAGAAUGCACGCAACUCUCUUGGUAAAGAACAGAGGUCUUUAGAUGUUUCAAAGUUGCUUCAAGCUAGACUGAACAAUCUGGUGGAAACUGCUGCAAUCUUUGCAGCAGGGCGUACCAGUAUGAAUAAUGUAAAGGUUAAGAAUGUUCACCAGGAUUAUAAUUUCUUUCUUUCUCGGCAGCAAUGAUCAAUUCUUGCCUCAUAGGCGCUCAGGUACUCAUUUUUGGUUUGCUCAAUGCAUAGUUUUUCCAUUUAUUUUUCUUUGACCUAGACAGUAAGAGCAAAGUUCAGAUAUUGGUGAUUUUAUGCAUAACGAGACUAGAAGUUGAUAUAUUUGUUGAUAAAGUUCAGCUUUAUUAAUCUCCCUAGAUAUAUUUUUCUACAGUUUGAACCAAGCUUUCUU